ACGAAACGUGUGAUUAUUAGGAGCCACAAGUGACUAUGCCAUAUUUGUUCUCUCUUCAACCAAAUUCGCCAGGCAGCAGCUCCAAGUUACAAUAUUGAUGGCGUCGUUAACUCUAGUUCCCCCCAACACUAUGUUUGUACAUAAGCAUAAACACAAUAAUAAAAGCACCAUCAAUUCUCCAAACAUAUCAAUCCAACGCACACUCCCUUGCUUCUCCUCCUCUACAAACAAUAACUCUUCUCUUCGCACCCUCUCCGCCCUAUCUUCCUCAGUCGGAGGAGUUGAAUCUUCUAGUGUAGUGAGCCAAGACACUACAAAUUCGCUGCAAAGAGUGGAAGUUUUUGAUUUGAAUGGAAAUUCUGUUUUGAUUUCUGAUUUGUGGAAAGAUAGAAAGGCUGUUGUUGCUUUCGCUCGCCAUUUUGGGUGUGUUCUUUGCCGAAAAAGAGCUGAUUAUCUUGCUGCUAAGAAGGAUGUAAUGGAUGCAUCAGGGGUGGCACUUGUUAUAAUUGGACCUGGUAGUGUCGAUCAGGCAAAAACAUUCGCUCAGCAAACAGGUUUUAAGGGAGAAGCGUAUGCAGACCCGGCAUACUCGUCAUACAAGGCCUUGAAUUUUGUUUCUGGAGUUACAACAACAUUUACUCCUGGGGCAGGUUUGAAGAUUAUUCAGUUAUAUAUGGAAGGUUAUCGACAGGAUUGGGGGCUUUCAUUCGAAAAAGACACCAGAGAAAGAGGUGGUUGGCAGCAAGGCGGAAUCAUUGUUGCCGGUCCAGGGAUAAGUAACAUCUCGUACCUCCACAAGGACAAAGAAGCAGGGGAUGAUCCAGAUAUAGAGGAUAUUCUUAAAGCAUGUUGUUCUUAAGGCAACAUAAAAAGUUGUUCUGUCUGCUGUUGUAUUAUUCCAGGUUAAAAAAUUGUAAAAUUUCACUGUCAGUUAAAAGACGAAGAAGACCAUGGGAUUUGCAAGCACAAAGGCCUACUUCUGCCUGCUAAGGUUUUUAUCUUGUCACAACUCACAACCAAUACAUGGUCAACUUGUAUGAUAAAUAAAGAAUCUAGGACUAUUGCUCUUUAUCAUUUUCAGCAAAUUCUUAUAUACAAUUAUAUGCUCGGAACUAAAUAGCACCAUAUCCCAAUUAAAACUAUUGUAAUUGUAGAAUGUGAACCACAUAUGAUUAAUAUUUGCUUAUGAAAAUGGUGUAAUAUGCUGAAA